UCAGAGUUUGUCUUGCAUUAUGACUUCCAUGAAGGAAAUAUUAAGGUAUUUAGCAGGUGUCGCAGGUCCAAGUGGUUUUGGAUCGAAUUCAACUGCUGAACAAGUUACUGAAGAUUGUUCUUGCUUAGUUCCUUCUCAGCUUACAGCAAUAAUCACUGGGGCAACAUCUGGUAUUGGAGCUGAAACGGCAAGAGUAUUAGCAAAGAGAGGGAUAAGGGUUGUAAUUGCAGCAAGGGACCUAAAGAAAGGGGGUGAAGUGAAGGAGAGGAUCCAAAAGGAGAGCCCCCGAGCUGAAAUUGUGUUGUUAGAGAUUAAUCUUAGCUCAUUUGCUUCAAUCAAGAGAUUCUGCUCUCAGUUCCUUUCUCUAGGAUUACCACUUAAUAUCCUCAUAAACAAUGCAGGGAAAUACUCAAAAAAUUUGGAAUUCUCUGAAGACAAAAUCGAGAUGACUUUUGCCACAAAUUACUUGGGUCAUUUUUUAUUGAUUGAAAUGCUAUUAGACAAAAUGGAAGAAACAGCGACUCAGACAGACAUUGAAGGAAGAAUAAUCAACGUUUCUUCCGUAAUUCACAGCUGGGUGAGGCGAGAUGAAUUCUGCUUCAAUGAUAUGCUGAAUCCCAAUAAUUUCAAUGGAACCCGGGCAUACGCUCAAUCAAAAUUGGCUAAUAUAUUGCAUGCAAAGGAAAUUGCUAACAAGCUCAAGGCAAGGAAUUCGAGAGUAACUAUUAACGCAGUCCACCCGGGAAUAGUGAAGACUGGGAUUAUGAGCGAUCAUAAGGGCUUUAUCACAGAUUUAAUCUUCUUUCUUGCAUCAAAGUUGCUAAAGACAACAUCUCAGGGCGCAUCAACAACGUGCUAUGUUGCUCUGAGCCGACAAAUAAAUGGGGUGAAUGGGAAAUAUUUUAUUGACUGUAAUGAGAGUCACUGUUCAAGUCUUGCAAAUGAUGAGUCUGAAGCAAAAAGACUUUGGGAGCAAACCCAUGAAUUUAUCCACAGCAUAUUAUGCCAAUUGACAAUCUAAGAUGGCUCUCUUCAAACACAAUUCACAGCUGUAACGUAUUUGCAUAAUGCAUAUUCAUGUAGUCGGACAUGUAUAUUGGCUUAAGCAAUAUAAGAACUGUAUCAUUGACAUCAGACUAGGUAUCGGCCAACACAAUAAUGUAAAAGUGAACGAGUAAUAAAAAUAACAUCAAUAAAUAGUAAGUUUUGACACAACUCACAAGUAUUAUGGAAACCUGCAAGAAGACCCAAGGCAAUACUCACCAUUGUGCAGGAAGAUAUGUAGCAAGUUGUACAAGGGCAAGAUACACUAUUCAACAGCUAUAGUUUACAAUGCAAAUCAUGGUAAAUCAAAGCAAUUUGGUGGUCAAAACUGAAUGGUUUCCAAAUUCAGGUAAAUGAAGAUAACUUUCAUAACUUUUUUGAUCAAUAAAAGAAUUAACGGAUUGUAAAGGCAUCCCAUCUCCCAACAGCCCUGGGAGCAACGGGCAGAAAGAUAACAUCCCAAGGCACCUGGCCCUGGUAAACCCCAAUCUAAAUCAGACAUUCAGACUUAUUGGCCUUCAUUGUAUUUAAGCUAUCAGCUUAACUAUGAGCAGUCUUGGGGAUCCAUCUGAAUGAGCAGUUCAGAUUGGAUGAUGAGUUUUUGAGUUUCUUUUAACUCCUUUUAACUCUCAAGUAUCUAAGAGACAUCUCAGCAGCCAACCCUUUCUGGACCAUAGUAAGCUAAUCAAAUAUUACCAUUAUGAUCUCUAAACACCUGUCCAACACCCUACUGACCUGGGUUCCAUAGGGAACUACCAUCAAAGUUUAGUUCCACCAAAGCCAGAGAUUCAAGAAACAAAGGUUACAUGUAUUAUGGGAUAAAAACUAGCCACCAUAAGCUGCCCUCUCAUUAUGUAAUCAACCGAUACUCACAUUCAUCUAGAGGAUCAAAGAUGAUGACAUUCUCUAAGCAGCAGAAGGGAAAGUGUUGAUGAAUUGAAUCUUUUCCUUUUUAUUUUUGUUAGUAAUAGGUUGGAUAAUUAAUGUUACACUUUUCUCUCUGAGAUGUCCCUC